AUGCAAAUUUUCGUUAAAACAUUGACUGGUAAGACUAUCACCCUAGAGGUUGAGUCUUCAGACACUAUUGACAAUGUCAAGCAGAAGAUCCAAGACAAGGAAGGGAUUCCACCAGACCAGCAAAGACUUAUUUUUGCUGGUAAGCAACUAGAGGAUGGUAGAACCCUAUCGGACUACAACAUCCAAAAGGAAUCGACGUUGCACUUGGUCUUGAGAUUGAGAGGUGGUGAUUGA